AUGGCCAAGGCGAUGAACAGCGUGCCAGAUGCUGGGGCGGGCCGUGUCAAGCACCUGGUGCAUGCCUUCGAGAGCCUGCUCUCCAUCUCCGGGGCCACUGCUGACUCCGAACGGGCAGGCGAGGAGGCCUGGGCGCUGCCUGGAUUGCAGCCAUGGAACGAGGGGAGUGAGGGCUCGCCGGUGGCAGUGUUCUCCUCGUCCGAUUUCAUGAGCAUGGGACCAACCAGACUUUGCAGUUCACUCGAUGGCAAGAGCAACAGAUCUAGCUGGGACAGCCAGACCGGAGGACGCAGGAGCCGGCGGAACUCAUCCGAAUCACUAAGGAGCAGCUGGAAUAAAAAGCUCAAGGUCACUAGCCAGCAUCCCUUCAAGCUGAGAACAGAGCAAAGGGGAAGAGCUAAAGAACAACAGUUUAUUCAGAAAGUCCAGGAAAUGCUAAUUGAGGAUGAGAAGAAGCGCAUACAUAUUGCUCAAGGACUUCCGUGGACAACAGAUGAGCCUGAGUGCUUGAUUAAGCCACCAGUCAAGGAAAGAACAGAGCCAGUCGACCUUGUUCUACAUAGUGAUGUGCGCGCAGUUGAACGUGCUGAAUUUGAUCAAUAUGUGUCAGAGAAGACCAAGUUCGGUGAGGAAUUAAGAUUGGAGCGGGAACGUCAACAAAAGUUAGAGGAGGAAGAAAUGAUAAGACAGCUGAGGAAAGAGCUUGUUCCUAAAGCACAGCCAAUGCCGUAUUUUGAUCGGCCAUUCAUCCCCAAAAAGUCAUCAAAGACAAUAACAAUUCCGAAGGAGCCAAACUUUCAUCUCCGGCCUGAAAGGUUAUCAUGUUACUAUCGACAGCGAUGCAUGGUCACUGGAAAGCUGAAGACAUGGCCCCGCAAGCAACAUGAAUGUCAGCUGCAUCUAGCAAGAGCCGCAGAGCAGCAUCAUCAACACGCAUGA